CGGAGCGCCCGAGCCUGCGGAGGGGUAAGAGCGCCCCUGGCCUCCCCUACUGUGUCCCCGGGCCCGGCCUGCCACCUCAGCCCCGGCCCAGCCCCUCGCCCUUCCCCACCCGCCAGGCCUGGCAUCCCGGAAGCCAUCGGGAGGAGGACCGGGGCUGGGCUCUGCCCUGCGCUGCCCCCAGGCGGCCAGGAGGGGAUGACCCGGGGGAGCCGGGGGCGGGAAGUCGCUCCUACCACCCCGGCGGAGGGCUGCUCUCCGCCCCCAAGCCCGGACAUGGAGGAGCUGCUCCGGAGCGUGGAGAGGGACCUGAACAUCGACCCCCGGCAGCUGGCUCCGGCUCCGGGGGGCACCCACGUGGUGGCCCUGGUGCCCGCGCGCUGGCUGGCCAGCCUCCGCGAGCGCCGGCUGCCCCUGGGACCCUGCCCCCGGGCAGAGGGCCUUGGCGAAGCGGAAGUCAGGACUCUCCUGCAGCGCUCGGUGCAGAGGCUUCCCCCAGGCUGGACGCGCGUGGAGGUGCAUGGGCUGCGGAAACGGAGGCUGUCUUACCCGCUGGGCCGCGGCCUCCCCUUUGAGGAGGGGUCCUGUAGCCCUGAGACCCUCACUCGCUUCAUGCAGGAUGUGGCUGCUCAGAAUUAUCGAAACCUGUGGCACCAUGCAUAUCAUACUUACGGGCGGCCCUACAGGCACAGCCCUACCCCUUCAGUGGUCCCUGCUCUGGAGUCUGUCCGGCAGGCUCUGCAGAGGGUCUAUGGUUGCUCCUUCCUGCCAGUGGGUGAAGCCAGCCAGUGCCCAUCAUAUGCCAGAGAUGGUCCCUGUCCCCCUCGAAGCAGCCCUGCCUGUCCCAGUCUUCUGCGAGCAGAGGCCCUGCUGGAGUCUCCAGAGAUGCUCUACGUGGUUCAUCCUUAUGUGCAGUUCUCCCUGCACGAUGUGGUCACCUUCAGCCCUGCCAAGCUGACCAACAGCCAAGCCAAGGUGCUGUUCAUUCUCUUCCGUGUACUGAGGGCCAUGGAUGCCUGUCACCGCCAGGGGCUGGCCUGUGGGGCCCUGUCUUUGCACCAUAUCGCUGUGGAUGAGAAGCUUUGCAGUGAGCUCCGGCUGGACUUGAGUGCUUAUGAGACACCCAAGGAUGAUGAUGAGGACAUUCCUGUGGCAAGGGGUGAGGUAGGCAUUGAGCCUGCAGAGAAGGGAGGAGGGGGACUUGAAUGUCCCACCUGUCAGGAGGAACUUAGAGGCCUUGUGCUAGACUGGGUUCAUGGUCGCAUCAGCAACUUCCACUACCUCAUGCAGCUGAAUAGGUUGGCAGGUCGACGACAGGGGGACCCCAACUACCACCCAGUGCUGCCCUGGGUGGUGGACUUCACCACUCCCCACGGGCGCUUCCGGGACCUGCGUAAGUCCAAGUUCCGCCUCAACAAGGGGGAUAAGCAGCUGGACUUCACGUAUGAGAUGACACGGCAGGCGUUUGUGGCAGGUGGUGCGGGCGGUGGGGAGCCACCUCAUGUUCCUCACCACAUCUCAGAUGUACUCUCUGACAUCACCUAUUACGUGUACAAGGCUCGGCGCACGCCCCGGUCUGUGCUCUGUGGACAUGUGCGGGCGCAGUGGGAACCCCAUGAGUAUCCUGCUAGUAUGGAGCGUAUGCAGAACUGGACCCCCGAUGAGUGCAUCCCCGAGUUUUAUACUGACCCCUCUAUCUUCUGCUCCAUCCACCCUGACAUGCCUGAUCUGGAUGUGCCGGCGUGGUGUGGCUCCAGCCAGGAGUUUGUGGCUGCCCACCGGGCAUUGCUAGAGAGCCGUGAGGUAUCCCAGGACCUGCAUCACUGGAUUGACCUCACUUUCGGCUACAAACUCCAGGGCAAGGAGGCUGUGAAGGAGAAGAAUGUGUGUCUGCACCUUGUGGAUGGCCACACACACCUGACCAGCUAUGGUGUGGUGCAACUUUUCGAUCAGCCACACCCCCAGCGCUUGGCGGGGGCUUCUACUCUUGCCCCUGAGCCUCCACUCAUUCCCAGGCUGUUAUUCCAGACCAUCCAGGAGAGCACAGGUCGGGAGGAUUUCCCAGGACAGCUGACAAAUGGGGUAGGCAGGCUGGUUUUGGAGGCCACUCCCUGUGAGGCUGGCUGGACCAGAGACAGGCCCGUGGCAGGGGAAGAUGACUUGGAGCAGGCUACAGAAGCGCUGGAUUCCAUCCCUCCGGCUGGAAAAGCAGGGGACCAAUUGGGCUCCUCCUCCAGCCAGGCCCCCCCAGGCCUUUUGUCUUUCUCAGUGGCCUCAGCCUCCCGUCCAAGCCGCAGGAACAAAGUUGCUGGGCCAGACCCUGGGGAAGGAGAGGAGGGUAAGAUUCUUCUUCCUGAGGGCUUCAAUCCUGUGCAGGCUCUGGAAGAGCUGGAGAAACUUGGCAACUUCUUGACCAAAGGUCUUGGGGGCAGAAUGGAGAUGGCCAAGCAGCCCCAGGCCCAGCCACCUGUGCAGCUGCGGGACCUUUUCUAUCGGGACAUGCAGGCACUGGGCGUCCUAUUGGCUGAGAUGAUAUUUGCGACCAGGGUCCGAACACUGCAGCCGGAUGCACCUUUGUGGGUACGCUUUGAGGCUGUCCGGGGGCUCUGUGUACGCCAUCUCAAGGAGGUGCCUGUGUCUCUGCAGCCUGUGCUGGACGUGCUCCUGCAGUUGAGUGGACCUGAAAGCCCUGCAGUAGUGGGGAGGGGCAAGCUGGACCCUUUAUUUGAGUAUAAGCCUGUCUCCCAGGGGCUGCCCCCGCCCUGCCCGGCCCAGCUGCUGAGCCCCUUCAGCUCUGUGGUUCCCUUCCCUCCAUAUUUCCCAGCGCUGCACAAGUUCAUCCUCCUGUACCAGGCGAGGCAAGUGGAAGAUGAGGUCCAGGGGCGGGAGCUGGUCUUUGCUCUGUGGCAGCAACUGGGUGCAGUGUUGAGUGAUAUCACCCCCGAGGGCCUGGAGAUCCUGUUGCCCUUCGUGCUGUCCCUCAUGUCCGAGCAGCACACGGCUGUGUACACAGCCUGGUACCUAUUUGAACCUGUCGCCAAGGCCCUGGGACCCAAAAAUGCUAAUAAAUACCUACUGAAGCCUCUCAUUGGUGCCUACGAGAGCCCCUGCCGGCUACACGGCCGCUUCUACCUGUAUACUGACUGCUUUGUGGCCCAGCUGAUGGUGCGGCUGGGCCUGCAGGCCUUUCUCAUUCACCUGCUGCCCCAUGUCCUGCAGGUGCUGGCUGGGGUGGAGACUUCCCAGGAGGAAAGCAAGGGCCUGGUGGGAACUGCUGAGGAUGAGGAAAGUGGGCUCCCAGGGGCCAGGCCCAGCUCCUGUGCUUUUGGGGAAGAGAUUCAGAUGGAUGGGGAGCCUGCUGCCUCCUCAGGCCUGGACCUCCCAGACUAUACGUCUGGCGUCAGCUUCCAUGACCAGGUUGACCUCCCAGAAACAGAGGACUUCCAAGCUGGGCUGUAUGUGGCUGAGUCUCCGCAGCCCCAGGAAGCUGAGGCUGUGAGUCUUGGCCGGCUGAGCGACAAGAGCAGCACCAGCGAGGCCUCCCUGGGUGAGGAGAGGGCAGCUGAUGAAGGCGGUGCCCCUGUGGACAAGAGUAGCCUCAGGUCAGGUGACAGCUGCCAAGACUUGAAGCAAAGCGAGGGCUCAGAGGAAGACGAGGAGGAGGAAGGCUGUGUGGUGUUGGAAGAAGAGGAGGCGGAGCAAGAUGAAGUCACGGGGGCCUCUGAGAUCACGCUGUCCGACACCGUGCUCUCCAUGGAUACGGUGGUUUCUGGUGGCAGCGGGGCGGACCAGGAGGGAGAAGAGGAGCCGCUGACAGAGCAGUCGGAGGGCAAAGAACAGAAGAUCCUCCUUGAUACAGCCUGCAAGAUGGUCCGCUGGCUGUCCGCCAAGCUUGGCCCCACGGUGGCUUCUCGCCACGUGGCCCGGAACCUGCUCCGCCUGUUGACAUCUUGUUAUGUUGGGCCCACUCGGCAGCAGUUCACGGUGAGCAGUGGUGAGAGCCCCCCGCUGAGUGCUGGCAACAUCUACCAGAAGAGACCCGUACUGGGCGAUGUCGUGUCAGGACCCGUGCUCAGCUGCCUCCUCCAUAUCGCCUAUCUGUACGGGGAGCCGGUUCUCACCUACCAGUACCUGCCCUACAUCAGCUACCUGGUGGCCCUGGGUGGAACCUCAGGCCCCACUCGACUGAACAGCCGGAAGGAGGCUGGGCUGCUGGCAGCGGUGACUCUGACCCAGAAGAUCAUCGUCUACCUCUCAGACACUACCCUCAUGGACAUCCUGCCCCGUAUCAGCCAUGAGGUCUUGCUGCCCGUGCUCAGCUUCCUCACUUCCCUCGUCACUGGGUUUCCGAGUGGGGCCCAGGCCCGGACUGUUCUGUGUGUAAAAACCAUCAGCCUCAUUGCGCUCAUCUGCCUGCGCAUUGGGCAGGAGAUGGUCCAGCAGCACCUGAGUGAGCCGGUGGCUACCUUCUUUCAAGUCUUCUCUCAGCUGCAUGAGCUUCGGCACCGAGAUCUGAAGCUGGAUCCCACAGGCCGAGGUGAGGGCCAGCUGCCGGAGGUCACCUUCUCUGACGGGCAGCAGCGGCUGGUGGACCCUUCCCUGCUGGACGAGCUGCAGAAGGUGUUCACCUUGGAGAUGGCAUACAUGAUCUACGUGCCCUUCUCCUGCCUGCUGGGUGACAUCAUCCGGAAGAUCAUUCCCAACCAUGAGCUAGUUGGGGAGCUGGCGGGGAUGUAUUUGGAGAGCAUCAGCCCUAGCGGUCGUAAUCCCGCCAGUGUGGAGCCCGCUGUGCCCAGCACCAGCUCUGAGUGGGACUCCCAGGGUGGGGACUGCACCCAGGAUGAUAGUCACUCAGGGACCUUUGGGAGUGUCCUCGUGGGGAACCGGAUCCAGAUCCCCGACGACUCUCAGCCUGAGAGCCCUGGCCCGCUGGGCCCCAUCCCCGGGGUGGGCAGUGGGGGCCUCAGCAGUGAGAGCGAGGACAAUGCGCUGAAGCGGGAGCUGCCCCGGAGCACCCAUGGGCUGAGCGGAAACUGGCUGGCAUACUGGCAGUACGAGAUUGGUGUGAGCCAGCAGGACGCCCACUUUCACUUCCACCAGAUCCGCCUACAGAGCUUCCCAGGCCACCUGGGGGCUGUCAAGUGCGUGGCACCCUUGAGUGGUGAGGACUUCUUCCUGAGUGGCAGCAAGGACCGCACUGUGCGCCUCUGGCCACUCUACAAUUCUGGGGAUGGCACCAGUGAGACGGCGCCACGCCUCAUCUACGCCCAGCACCGCAAGAGCGUCUUCUUCGUGGGCCAGCUCGAGGCCCCACAGUGUGUGGUGAGCUGUGACGGGGCUUUGCACGUCUGGGACCCCUUCACAGGGAAGACCAUUCGCACGGUGGAGCCAUCGGACAGUCGGAUGCCCCUGACUGCUGUGGCUGUCAUGCCCGCCCCCCACACCAGUAUCACCAUGGCCAGCUCUGACUCAACCCUGCGCUUUGUGGAUUGCAGGAAGCCCGGCCUGCAGCAUGAGUUCCGCCUGGGUGGCGGGCUGAACCCUGGGCUUGUUCGCUCCCUGGCCGUCAGCCCCAGUGGUCGUAGUGUCGUGGCCGGCUUCUCCUCGGGCUUCAUGGUGCUCCUGGACACCCGCACAGGCCUGGUUCUUCGAGGAUGGCCAGCCCAUGAAGGAGACAUCCUACAAAUCAAGGCAGUGGAGGGCAGCGUCCUGGUCAGUUCCUCCUCCGACCAUUCUUUGACCGUAUGGAAGGAGCUGGAGCAGAAGCCGACACACCACUACAAGUCAGCAUCUGAUCCGAUCCACACCUUCGACCUGUAUGGCAGCGAAGUGGUGACUGGCACGGUGGCCAACAAGAUCGGCGUCUGCUCUCUGCUUGAGCCCCCCUCCCAGGCCACCACCAAGCUCAGCUCUGAGAAUUUCCGGGGCACGCUUACCAGCCUGGCCUUGCUGCCCACCAAACGCCACCUCCUGCUGGGCUCGGACAAUGGGGUCAUCCGCCUCCUGGCAUAGGCUGAGGGGGGAGCGGCCAGGGAGGGUCAGCAGACAUCCCCUGGAAGUCCAUCCUUCUACCCUCAUUUCCCCCAGCAGCUCCUUCUACGAAAACCUCAGGCCCUUGCCCCGUUCACCCAUGGUCUGCCAGCUGGGGUUGGAGCCAGGGUCCAGUCACCUGAACCCCCCAGGCCUACCAAGGCUACCAGAAGGGGUCUCAUUGAUGAAUUGGGGAUUUGCUGUUCCUAGCCAUCAGGAAGCAAGAGGAAGAGUGUGGAGAAGCAUCGCAGUCCUCUUCUCCUCUUUGAGUCAACAUGGUGAUGGGGAAGCUCUAGGAAAAAGAAGGGAGGCUGGCCCUGCCCAGCCAGUCUCCAGCCAGGGCCUCCCCCGCCCCCUUAUUGGACUCCCUCUGCCCGUGUUUCACAAGGACAGGGAAGAUGCCCCAGUCCAGGACACUGAUGGUGCUUGGACUCCAGCCUCUAAGAAGGGCUGGUCACGGUCCAGGAGGUAAGAGCCUUGGACUGGGGUUUAAGUGUCCAUUCAGCCAGGCCUUCGCUGGUGUGGGUCUAGUAGAGGAAGCAAGAGGGAAGGACCAAGGGAAGGAAGAUGGAUGGGCCAGCUGGUGCCUGCCAGGAUGACCCCAUGCCUUGCCUGUCACUCCUAACCACAGUGUUUGUGCCUUGAGCUGAGGAGGCAGCCCCUGGGCCCUGUAACCCUGGGAGGUCAUCUCGACCCUGAAAGAAGGGUUGAGAAGAAUCAUCUCUGCAUCUCAGGUCUCUCCCAGAGAAUAGGAAGACCCGGGCAUUCCUGGGUCCUCACAUUCUACAGCAGAGAUGAGGUCUUUGACUGGGCCCCUGCUGCCUCCUCACUAUUUGCAAUAGAUGUAAAUAUAACCAAUAAAUCCUUUGGAAGAGCCAUGGAA